AGUGGAAGAGCAGGGCGUGUCAGAGGUUCUGCACAGCCCUUGAGAUGUUGCUGAGACUUACACUGAUCCUCAUUUUUUUCUACGUCAGUCAGGCGAACUUAGAUGAAUGUAACUCAAAUUCCGAAUUCACUUCCCCGAAUGAACACCACUUCCUCCACGUGGAAAGACCUGACUUCCACGCCUGGUUUAAGGCACUCGACGUCGCCUCCAACAUCACCUUUGAGACUAACGCGUCGACUAGUGUUGUUCAUGUGCCCGGCGGCCGCUGGUACAUGCUGGGUGUCAGGGUCUGUGGAGGAGAGGAGGAAGCUGUCCUUACUAUACCGGGUUUAAGGUACAAGGCAGUGUUAAACUCGCUCAGGACGAGAUCUUUUAGGAUAAAGACUAGCAGCGACGGGCGUGUGAAGUGGACCAAUUGUAAUAUGACCCUUAUCGACAUUCCUGAUGCUUUGAAAGACCAGCGCCCCAAGUGGAUCAUCAGUCUGUUGGUGAGUCUUCUGAGCAUCGGUCUGAUGGCCUACUUCGCGUGGCUGGUCGUCAGGUCCCGCCACGGAAACCGCUCGGCCACAGGCGAAAAACGCGUCGACAUCCUGGCCUACAGCGAGCUACAAGACAGAGAGGCGUUGGGGUGAUCUCAAGUCCUCAGCAGAACGACCACGAACAAGAGAAGCUGAAGAAAAUUUAAGAAAAAAAAAAAAAGGAAAAGAAAAAGUUAAUGUGAUGAAUGUUUUACGUGUGUUUAUUCUUGUCAAAAAAAUGUUUCUUUUUCUUUAAAUGUAUGCUUUAAAAUGGCCAUUCAUUAGGUACUUGAUUACUUCUUUGUCACGAUUUGAUUUUUUUUACAAAAUUGAAAAUUUUAUAUUUUUGUCCCUUUUGUCCUUAGCUAAAAACACGAAACUAUGAAAAAAUACAAAAAAUAUAAAUAAAAUCUACUCAAUAGCUCC